UCAUAAAAUUUGCUAGUGACUACUGCUAUAGAUUAAGAGCUGAGUAAAGUUGAUAUGGAAAGCUGUGAGACACUAGCUUUAUUUCAGAUCCAGCGAUGACUUCCAUAAUUAAACAGUGUUUUACCAAAGGAAUCCAUCAAGUUAUUUCCAGACUGAAUAGACUCAAAAAAGUUGCGAAAUACAAAGUCUACAGGAUUUCGGCUCAUAUGACGGUGAUUGUUUAUAUAUUAUACGCAAAUUUUAUGCAUGUUAAUGUAUUUAUAUGUUUUAUAUAUUGUCUGCAUAUAAUUUGCGCCGGUAUGUUUGAUAAAUCUUAUUGGGAAUUUUCAACCGCUUUCUGUUCUUUUGAUAGAUUAGAAGGAUUACCAUCAUAAACUACAUUUGGAAUAUACAAAUAAAACUUCAAGUUCUCCUUGGUUUUCAACUGAUUGUGCAUGAACUCAAGAAAAUUUAGUUUCCUCGAAUUUUCAAAAUUUCUG